AUGGCGGCGACGCCGCGCAUCCAUCAGGCUCACCCGGUCGCGGAUAGAUCGCAGCCGUUCGAUCCGGCAGGCGACGGUCCUGUAGAGUUCGCGAUGGACGGCGCUGAUCAGGCGGAGGGUCUUAAGGCCAGCUCUCCUCUGGGCGAUGCCGCCUCCCCUGACCGCACCUUACUGCGAAGCGCUCCGCCCUGUUCGGGGGAGGACUCCGCGGGAGGGGACUGCGCGGAAGCAGAGCGCGCGAACGCGGACUGCGGGGGUUUUGACGUCGCGCAGCAGCCGUGCGCGCGCCAAAUGGCUGCUGCGUUCCGUAGAAGCGGCGGCAUUGGGGGCGCGUCCGACUCGCUCGGAGCAGCAGCGCGCGCGUGGAGGGGGAGCGGGUACUUCGCGCUUCUCCCCGACAACCUUUGCGCGAAAAUCGCGUCGUUCAUCGUGCACGCCAAGAGCCUCGUCGCGUUCCGCAGCACGUGCUCGUAUCUCCGGGUGAGAAUCAUAGCAUCCAUGGCAGUACCUUCGGUUCGCUUCGCUUCGGUCCGGUUCAGCUCGGUUCAUGGCAGCGCGCGCGACAGCCUGUGCGCCAAGAUCGCGUCGUUCAUCGUGCACGCCAAGAGCCUCGUCGCCUUCCGCUCCACCUGCUCCUACCUCCGGCGCGUGGUGCGGGUGGGCGGGGAGCUGGUGUUUCUAGCGGAGGAUUUCCCCCACCGCGAGGCGGCGGAGAGGGGAAUCACGCAGGCGCUGCUGCAGGCCACUGCCCCCGUCACCUCGCUCUACGUCGAAGCUCCCCCCGCCUCCGACCCCUUCCAGCUCCUCCUGAACCCACCUUUAGUACUCAACUUGAGCACUGGUAUAGCCCCCCCUUACCCCUUCCUCCUUACCCCACCUUCCCCCCUCCUUCCCCCCACCUUCCCCCCACCUUCCCCCCACCUUCCCCCACCUUCCUCCAUCGUCACCCACCUUCCCCCCAUCGUCGCUCUCCUUCCCCACAUCGUCCCCCCACCUUCCCCCAUCAUCCCCUCACCUUCCCCCCUGUCUGCAGGAGCUAGCGGUGAUGACGUGGUGCCUGGUGUGAGCUCACUUACCCCCACCUUUCCUCCACCAUUCCCCCACCCCCUACCUCCCCCACCUCCCCCCCCACCCCCGUUCCCUCCACCCUUCCCCCACCAGGAGCUAGCGGUGAUGACGUGGUGUCUGGUGUGCCGCGACUCUCUAGAAGAGCUCACUCUCGUGGACGGCACAGCAGAUGCCACCAUCCGCCGUGCACAGGCCCACGCUGCUGCCAUCGCUGCUGCCGCCGCUGCCGCCGCCGCUGCUGCUGCUGCUGCCGCUGCUACCGCUCCUCUCUCUGAACCUGUAGAUCUGUCAGCCACAGCUAGUAGAAACGGCACUGCUGCUAGCGCCAGUGCCACCACCGGUGCUCCUGCUGCUGGGUCGAGACAACGAGAGGGUGAAAGGCAGAGCCAUGGCUUUGAAAACGGCGGAAACAUUGAACGAAGCAGCAGCGACAGCGCUGACAAUGGCGGCGGCGGCGGCGGCGGCGGCAGUGGCGGCAGUGGUCGUAGCAGGAACGGUGCUGCUGCUGCUGCUGCUGCUGCUGCUGCUGCUGCUGCUGCUGCUGUCACUGCUGCCAGGCUUCCCCCACCACCUUACCACGUCAAUCUAUCCCGCGCCCACGGGCGGGCAGCAGCAGCGGCUGCAACAGAGGAGGAAGAGGAGGAGGAGGUGGAGGAGCAGCCGCAGGAGUGGAAGCUGGAGCACGCGUCGCGUUGCCGCAACCUGCGCCAGCUGUACCUCGAGAACGCCGUGUUUGACUGCGUGUCCACGCUCCACCGCUGCUCUCUCUUCGCCUCGCUCACCCACCUCACCCUCGCCAAAGCCGUGGUGGCGGGGGACAUGGUGGGGGACUUGUUGGCGUGCUGCCCGCGCCUGCAGGAGCUCACGAUGCUGCUGUGCUCGGGGAUUGGUCCGCUUGACCUCAUGCAUGCGCCCUGUGCGGAGUUGAGGAGGUUUGAAGUCAGAUUGAGCAACCGCGGUGAUGGCGGGGGACAUAUUGGGGGAUCUGCUCGCCUGCUGCCCGCGGUUGCAGGAGGUGACGCUGCUGCUGCGCUUGGGGAUUGGCCCACAGGAUCUGAUGCAUGCGCUGUGCCGUGUGUGGAGCUGACAAGGUUUGAAGUGCGGCUCAGCGACCGCGCUGCCAGCAAGGAUGCUUGUCUGGAGCUCCCGCGAGCCGCACCAGGAAGGUUUGAGAAGGGUCUACAGCUGGAGGUGGACCGGGCGCCAGAGAGGGAGCUCCUUCUAGAGCGCCUUUUCCACUCCCGUUCCUCCCCCCCUUGUACUACCCCCCUCCCCCCCUCCGCGCCCUGUUGCGAUUGCCAGGACCUAGAGCUGGAGGUGGACUGGGCACCGGAGGGGCGGCUGGAGCAUGAGCUGUGGGGCGACAUCCGCAUCGAGUCGGGGCGGCUGAGGCGCAUGUCGCUGGAGCUGGCUGCUGGCUUCCAGUUUCAUGCCAACCCUGAUGGCUUCAGCCGACUCACUGAACUCAAGUUGACAGGCGACGAUUGGAGCUGGGGCACGGUGCGAGCCAUUCUGGACCUCUGUGCUCUGUCGCUCGAGGAGCUCUCACUGACGUGCUACAUCGACCCGCUCUCAGCGGCGUCUAUCGACACGGCUACGGCCUUCUUCUCCUCGCUGCCCUCGCUGCGCUUCCUGCUGCUCUGCCCCUCCGUCUACUACGUCAUGAUCGCCACACUCGGGGACACAAAGGUUAUCAGGGCGCCCAGCCUGGAGGAGUUCCACGUGGAGUAUCACGACCACGCCAUGGCAGUCACUGUGAGAUCGCUCUCAACUCCCAAUAACCCCUUUCAACCUUCCCCGUCCCCCUCCCGUCAGGCGCCCAGCUUGGAGGAGUUCCACGUGGAGUAUCACGACCACGCCAUGGCAGUCAUCGCCUUCCUCACCGCCCUCCUGCGCGGCAGCCCACGACUGCGGUGCAUACAGCCCAUGGUCACCGUGCCGCAGGAACCCAGCACGGACUUGUUGGGGGACAAGGACUUCCGGCAGGCUAUCGCUCGCCUCCAGGCCGAGUUCCCCGGCGUGUCGUUCCCUUCUGUUUGGCAGCUGUCGUGA